AUGGAAUUCAUAUAAACCACGAUUUAUGAUUGUUUUUUGUUUUUUUUGUUUAGGUCUUUACUUCACGUGUUCGUGCGCGCGCGCGUACAAGAGGCGAGCUCCAGUACGCAUGCGCGUUGUAGUCGUCUGACGGCUGACGCUCUUGCGUGUUUGUAUGUGUGUUUUUGAGUGUAGACUCCAUCAACGGCUGCAGAACCGGCGCUUGCACGGACUAUAAACUACCUCCACACUGUACCAAGACAGAGGUGAGAGUGGACCGCAUCGAGGGGGUCCUGUCCAACGCAUUGCACGAGGUGCCAUAUUUUCCCCCCGACAUGUAGUCCAGCAGCGUGGGAAAUCACAGCGGUAGAAGAAGAAGAGGCGUGUGGGAAGGAUGAUGCCAUGAAAAUCACAACAGCCCACUGAGUAAGAUCACGGACAAGGCGGCGGCGGUGCACGAUGAUGAUGGAGCCAAGUGGGGCGACUCGAGGAAGGUAGCGUCCGCCACGAGAGUCCACCGAGACCUCUUGUAGUCGCUUUCGGGUGGAGGAUGGAUUUCAGCCGGCUCCGGAACAUAAUCAGCAGAUACUGCGUGGGGGAGGAGAUCUGGGUCGACAGUCGGACAGUCUACAUCGGCCAUAAAGAACCCCCUCCGGGAGCUGAGGCCUACAUCCCUCAGCGUUACCCCGACAACCGUAUCGUGUCCUCAAAGUAUACCUUCUGGAACUUCAUCCCCAAGAACUUGUUUGAACAGUUCCGAAGAAUUGCCAACUUUUACUUUUUGGUCAUAUUUCUUGUCCAGCUCAUCAUCGACACCCCCACCAGCCCAGUCACCAGUGGCCUGCCCCUCUUCUUUGUUAUCACUGUUACCGCCAUCAAACAGGGCUACGAGGAUUGGCUGCGGCACAAAGCCGACUGUUCCAUCAACGAAUGUCCGGUGGACGUGGUGCAGCGGGGGAAGGCGGUGAGGACGCAGAGUCACAAGCUGAGGGUGGGCGACAUCGUGGUGGUGAGGGAGGAUGAAACGUUCCCAUGUGACCUUAUCCUGCUCUCAUCCAGCCGACAAGAUGGCACCUGCUAUGUCACCACCACCAGCCUGGAUGGGGAGUCCAGUCAUAAGACCUACUACGCCAUACCAGAUACCAUGGCCUUUAGGACGGACCAAGAGAUGGAUUCCCUACAUGCCACCAUCGAAUGUGAACAACCUCAGCCUGACCUCUACAAAUUUGUGGGACGUAUCAAUAUUUACAAGGAGAAAGAAGAGCCCGUUGCUAGACCACUUGGUGCCGAGAACUUACUACUCAGAGGUGCAACAUUAAAAAACACACAACAUAUUUAUGCCGUUGCCAUCUAUACCGGCAUGGAGACCAAGAUGGCGCUCAAUUACCAGUCGAAAUCACAGAAGCGCUCCGCCGUCGAAAAGUCCAUGAAUGCCUUUCUGAUUGUCUAUCUGUGCAUCCUGAUCAGUAAAGCAGCCAUCAAUACUGUUCUCAAAUAUGCCUGGCAGUGGUCUCCAGAUCGCGACGAGCCCUGGUACAACCGUAGAACUGAGAACGAGCGACAGCGACACGUGGUGGUUCGAGCUUUCACCGAUUUCCUGGCCUUCACCGUGUUGUUCAAUUACAUCAUCCCCGUGUCCAUGUACGUCACGGUGGAGAUGCAGAAAUUCCUGGGUUCCUACUUCAUCACGUGGGAUGAGGAGAUGUUUGAUGAGGAGUUGGGAGAGGGGGCCCAAGUCAACACCUCUGACCUCAAUGAGGAACUGGGUCAGGUGGAAUAUGUUUUUACUGAUAAGACGGGCACUCUGACAGAGAACAACAUGGAGUUCAUCGAAUGCUGCGUAGAUGGGAACGUUUACAUUCCGCACGCCAUCUGUAACGGUCAAAUCCUCAGCGCUGCCUCCAGCAUAGACAUGAUAGAUUCCUCACCUGGUGGAUACCGCAGAGAGCAUGAGGACCUGUUUUUCCGAGCAUUGUGUCUGUGUCACACGGUGCAAGUGAAAGAGGAGGAGACGGUGGACGGCAUCAAGAAGGGCAUCCAUCAGGGCCGACCCACCUCCUUCUACAUCUCCUCCUCCCCGGAUGAGGUCGCUUUAGUGGAGGGAAUGAAAAGGCUGGGUUACACCUACCUGAGACUGAAAGACAACUACAUGGAGAUUUUGAACAAAGACGACGAGAUUGAAAGGUUUGAGCUGCUUCAUGUGCUCAACUUUGACUCUGUGAGGAGGAGAAUGAGCGUCAUUGUUAGGACAAGCUCAGGAGAAUACUUGCUCUUCUGCAAGGGUGCUGACUCUGCCAUUUUCCCUCUGGUGGUAUCUGGCAAGGUGGAACAGGUGAAGGCACGGGUGGAGCAAAAUGCUGUGGAGGGCUUGCGAACCCUGUGCGUGGCCUACAAGAGGCUGUCGGAGUCCGAGUACCAAGAGGCGUGUCGGCAUCUGACCGACGCCAAGCUGGCCCUGCAGGAGAGGGAGCAGAGGCUGGCUGAGGCUUAUGACAUCAUCGAAAGAGACUUUGUGCUCCUGGGUGCCACGGCGGUAGAGGACAGGCUCCAGGAGAAGGCGGCAGACACCAUUGAGUCACUGCACAAGGCGGGAAUAAAAGUUUGGGUGCUGACUGGGGACAAAAUGGAGACGGCGGCGGCCACCUGCUAUGCCAGCAAGCUGUUUCGCCGGAGCACUCAGAUCCUGGAGCUGACCAAGAAGCGCACAGAAGAGCAGAGUCUGCAUGAUGUUCUUUUUGAGCUCAACAGGACAGUUCUCAGACAGCGAUCCAUUUCUGGGCUGUCUGUGGACUGCCUGGAUUUCGGUCUGAUUAUUGACGGGGCCACGCUGUCGGCUGUCCUCAAGCCCAAGCGGGACAGCGCCGGCCACGGCAACUACCGCGAGAUCUUCCUGGAGAUUUGUCGAAACUGCAGCGCAGUGCUGUGCUGUCGCAUGGCGCCGCUGCAGAAGGCGCAGAUCGUGAAGCUGAUCAAGGCCUCCAAGGAGCACCCAAUUACCCUCGCUGUUGGCGAUGGAGCCAAUGAUGUCAGCAUGAUUUUAGAAGCGCACGUGGGCAUCGGGAUAAUGGGCAAAGAGGGCCGCCAGGCUGCCAGGAACAGUGACUACGCCAUCCCCAAGUUCAAACAUCUGAAGAAAAUGUUGCUAGUUCACGGUCACUACUACUACAUACGCAUCGCUGAGCUCGUCCAGUACUUCUUCUACAAGAAUGUAUGCUUCAUCUUCCCGCAGUUCCUGUACCAGUUUUUCUGCGGAUUCUCCCAGCAGCCUCUGUACGACACGGCCUAUUUGACCUUGUAUAACAUCAGCUUCACGUCACUGCCCAUCCUCCUCUACAGCUUGGUGGAGAAGCAUGUCACCAUGGACACGCUUAAACGGGAGCCCUCCUUGUACAGGGAUAUUGCCAAGAACUCCCUCCUCCGCUGGCCAGUCUUCUUGUACUGGACAUGUUUGGGCGUGUUUGACGCAGUGGUCUUCUUCUUUGGUGCCUACUUCCUGUUUGACAACACCACCUUCACCAGCAAUGGCCAGAUGUUUGGCAACUGGACCUUCGGGACUCUGGUUUUCACUGUGCUGGUGUUCACUGUGACACUUAAGCUCGCCUUGGACACGCACCACUGGACCUGGAUCAAUCAUUUUGUUAUCUGGGGCUCUCUACUUUUUUAUGUGAUCUUCUCUCUUCUCUGGGGAGGCAUCAUUUGGCCCUUCCUUAACUACCAGAGGAUGUAUUACGUCUUCAUGCAAAUGCUGUCCAGCGGGCCUGCCUGGCUUAGCAUCAUUCUGCUGAUCACGGUCAGCCUGCUUCCUGAUGUCAUUAAGAAGGUCCUCUGCAGGGCUAUGUGCCCUACAGCUACAGAGCGUGUUCAGGAUCGGGACAAGUUGUCAUGGGAUGACAUGGCCAAGCUGCCGUCCCGCCGCUCCUACAAAGGCGCGAGCGUCGACUCCUCUCAGCUUCAUCUUGGCGCCGUGGAGACGCUGUCGCUUCGCGCUUCCGACCCCCUUCCCCAAAAACUCUUGGCGCACUUGGCAGAAGGGGGGAGGGCAGACUUGCGCUCCCUCAGCCCGUGCAUGCUCCGCCUUUCCGGGGCGGGGAUUGCCUACUAUGCUCCGGGGCCAGAAACGUCUGUCUGAAGCUCCAACUUUAGUGUUUGCAGAAUGGAGUCAUCAUCUCAAGGGUGAGAAUUUACACAACACACAAGCUCACCGUUUGGGCUGGCGUAGUGUCAUCCAAACACCCACCACAUGCUCAUUCUUUUGCUUUUCCGACAUCUUCUGCAUAUUUGAAAAAACAAUUGGCAAGAUACUCUCCAGCCUGUUGGUACAAUGACGUCUUUGUUAUUUUGUGUCAAAAUUUGUAUGUACAAUACACUAUAUGUGUAUGUUCACUAUGUGGUCUGGCCAAGUAAGGGCUGCCAUCCAGCUCAGCCCUUUAGGUGUGCGUGUAUGUACGUUUUCUAUGUGACACACCUUUGCCUUACAGGUAAAACACACAGCAGCAGGCUAGAAGCCAAAGGUGUUCAAAAAAGAAAAAAAAAAGAGGAAGUGGUAUAUUACAAAGCCUUACACAUACACUCAGCAACCCCCUCACACCGCACACACACACACACACAAACACCUCAUGCUAUUCGAAUGGGGGGCAAAA